AUGGACGAGCGCGCGCGCCCCGCGGUGCCCCCCAGCGGCGGGGCGGGCGUUGAGGCGGGCGGCCCCCGCUGCCGGGCGCGCGCCUGGCUGCGGCGCGGGCCCGUGGAGCCGCUGCUGUUCCUGGCGUCGUUCGCGCUGAUGCUGCAGACGCCGCUGGCCACCCAGUACCUCUGGGACCGCCUCGGCGAAGACCGCGGCUACAACGGCACCGGACGCGAAGGCGGCUGCGGCGACAGCAGCGCGGACCCCCAGCGGCAGGAAGUGGAGACCGAGACCUCCCACUGGAGCCUGUAUAUCAACCUCAGCGGGUUCUUCGUGGGCCUCUUCUCCGCCACCCUCCUGGGGCCUUGGAGCGACAGCGUGGGGAGGCGGCCCCUUCUGGUCCUGGCCACGGCCGGCCUGGCCCUCCAGGCCGCCCUGUCCCUCCUCGUCGUGACCCUGCGGCUCCACGUGGGAUUCCUCCUGCUGGGACGCCUGCUGAGCGGCCUCUGCGGGGACUACAACAGCGUGCUGGCCGGGGGCUUCGCUGCCGUGGCGGACGUCAGCGCCCGGGACGCCCGGACCUUCCGGGUGGCCGUGCUGGAGGCGUGCCUGGGCAUCGCGGGCAUGCUGGCGGGCAUCAUCGGCGGUCACUGGCUCCGCGCCCAGGGCUUCGUCAACCCUUUCUGGCUGGUUCUGGCCGUGCAGGUGGCCGCGGUGGGGUACGCGGCCCUCGGCUUCCGCGAGUCGGUGAGGGAACCCCGGCCAGCCCGGCUCCUCACCCUCCGGCACUACCGCUCGGUGUUUGCUCUCUACGCCACCCCGGGCCCUGAGAAAUCCCGGAAGCAUCUGGCCCUCUACUCCCUCUCCUUCUUCCUGGUGGUGACCGUCCACUUCGGCGCCAGGGACAUCUUCGUCCUGUACGAGCUGAGCUCGCCCCUCUGCUGGGGGUCCGACCUGAUCGGCUACGGCUCGGCCGCCUUGCAUCUGGCUUACCUCACCAGCCUGGGGGGCCUGCGGGCUCUGCAGCUGUGCCUGGAGGACGGCUGGGUGGCGGAGGUCGGCCUCGCCUCCAACAUCCUGGGAUUGGUGGUCGUCUCGGUGGCCACGACGACCCCGGUGAUGUUCGCAGGGUACGGUCUCCUCUUUCUCUCCUUGGCCUGCACCCCAGUCAUCCGGGCAAAACUCUCCAAGUUGGUUGGCGAGGAAGAGCAGGGGGCUCUGUUUGCAUCCCUGGCCUGCGUGGAAGGACUUUGCCUGCUGACAGCCACCGGCAUCUUCAACUCCCUCUACCCCGCCACCUUGAACUUCAUGAAGGGAUUCCCCUUCCUCCUGGGAGCUGGCAUCCUCCUCAUCCCGGCGGCUUUGAUCGGGAUGUUGGAAGUCUUUGACCCAAAACCCGAGUACCGGCGUUACGUGGACACCUGAUGGUGCCGGGCUCCCCGGGAGCCGAUCGGAGGAGGGACAGUGAGACCCUGUCCAGGUGAUCUGACCAACAGAAUCAAAAAGAAGCCACGUCGAUUUGAAGUCGCGCCUCUCCGGACUUUGGGAACCCCACAGCCCAGGUCCUCCUGGCCUAAGAGAGGGAGGCGAGAGGGUUCCUGGGUAAGAGGCCAUAUAACUUAAGGUAAUUCCAAUGAUUUUUCUCAGGCAGCUGCACAGGAGAGGGGCCAGCAAUUUCAGCUUCCCUAAGCACCGGCGGGAUCCAGAAACCUCUUCUCCUCGGGCCCCAAGAUAUAUGUCCUCAGGAGAUGGGGCAGGCCAACCCAAACUUUAUAAUGCCCUCAAGCACCCCGGGAGUGGUCAAGGAGCUAUAAUCACGGUGAAAGAUUCGGGGAAGGGGUCUGAGAUUGAAGGUCUGCUCUAAAACGUUCUCACCGAAAGUGCCAAUUUGGUGGUGAUACGGGGGAGAGGGUCUCUCAGCGUAUUAAGUCGUCGUAGUUUACUGAGAUCUAAUCAGAAGGUUGUGGUCAUAAAGGAAUUCAGUAUAUAGGUUUCCAUUUUAUGGUUUAUUUGAGAUCUAAUCAGAAGUUUGUGGUCAUAAAGGAAUUCAUAUAAUGAAUUAUAUGAAUUAAACUUUUAUAGUAAG